GGAUCGUUAAAACCCAGAAAGAAAUGAGGUGGCACAGCACCGUAUCGUUCCGUUACUUGGCUGUACUAAAACCCUACUACCCGCCAUCCUUCUCCUCCUCCUGCAGCAACUCCACUUAUCGCACCACCACCGCCACUCUAGUCGCCGAUCACAGUUUCAAAACCCUAAUGACGACGAUAGAAGAAUCGGACGUUGGCAUCUCCUGCUACAUCUCCAAGGUCCCCGGAUUUCGCGGCAUUCUAAAGCAAAGAUACUCUGAUUUUAUAGUCAAUGAAGUCGAUAACAAUGGAAAUGUAGUCCAUUUAACCUCUCUUCACGUCCCUCGUGAGAUUGUGGAGGUUGCAGAGGAGAGAGAGGAAGAGAUAACGAAUCAAGUAGGGAAAAAUUAUGCUGCUGAGAUUGAGUCGUUUAGGGAACUUGCUGGAGAUGCUGAUACGCAGCGUUUAGAAGCUUUUAUUAAUCAAGUUAUUAGUGAAGAUAAUUGCAUUAACAUUUCGCCUAUUCUUCUUUCUCCUGAUUCUGAUAAAGCUCAUCGAACGGCCACACAUAAUUUUUUCAAGGAGAAGUUAAAGUUUCUUGUUACGGAUACGGUUGAUGGACCGGACGCUUCAUCGAAAUGUAUUCGUGUGAGAUUGAAUUCUCGAGGAAAUAUUAAUGAAGGUAAUAGAAAUUCAAAGAAACGGAAGGAUAGAAAUGAUAAACCUUUUGAUAGUAGAGGUUCUGAUCAUUGGCCUGAGCAUCUUGGAAAAUUUCUUAGAUUUCAUCUUUACAAGGAGAAUAAAGAUACGCAGGAAGCUAUUGGACUAAUAGGGAAAAUGCUUGGCAUUCAGCCAAGAUCUUUUGGAUUUGCGGGUACGAAGGAUAAACGAUCUGUAUCAACUCAGCGGGUAACGGUUUUCAAGCAACAUGCUAGUAGACUAGCUGCUCUCAAUGACAGAUUGAUUGGUAUCAAAGUGGGUGAUUUCUGCUAUGUCAACGAAGGACUUCUUCUUGGACAGCUACUAGGUAACCGUUUCACAGUCACAUUACGGGGAGUAGUUGCAGACUCUGAAGAUACCAUCAAGGGGUCAGCAGAUUCAUUAGGAAGGCAUGGGUUCAUCAACUACUUUGGUUUACAACGGUUUGGUAGUGGCUCUGUGCCAACACAUCUCAUUGGAGCUGCAUUACUCCGAGGCGAGUGGAAAUAUGCUGUAAGCAUGAUCCUUGAUCCAAGAGAAGGGGAAAGAGAUGCAGUGAGGAUGGCACGGGAAUAUUACAAGGAAAGUGAUGAUAUUGAUGGAACCCUGAGGCAAUUACCUCGCUAUCUGACUGCUGAAAGGGCUGUGCUUCAGUGUUUGAAGAAAUGCCCUGGGAACUAUUUGCAGGCCCUGAAAGCUAUACCUAGAACUCUGAGAAUGAUGUAUGUACACAGUUAUCAAAGCUAUUUGUGGAAUCACGCCGCAAGUAUGAGAGUGCAAAAAUAUGGAACUGACCAAGUUGUGGUGGGAGACUUGGUGUAUUGUAAAGGAGAUGACACUGAAAGGGAGAUAGGCAGUGCUAAUUCUGCAUGUGAAGAUGAUGGCUGUGAAGAUAUGUAUGGCUGCAGUAAUUUAGAUGAAACCUCUGGAACAGAUCUUUCUGAAAGGAAAGAUACUCUUGUUAAGGCAGUAAAUGCUGAAGACCUCUCAACUGGAAAUUAUACCAUUAAUGAUGUUAUCCUUCCUAUGCCUGGAUCUAGGGUGUCUUAUCCAACCAAUGACAUUGCCAAAGUUUAUCAUGAUUUGGCCGAGAAGGAUGCUAUCAAUUUGGCUGAGAGUGUGCAUAGUGCCAAGGAAUUUUCAAUAACCAGUAUGACUGGAAGUUAUAGGCGUGUUUUUCAGAAGCCAAUGGACUUCGAAUGGGAAACAUUGUCGUAUACUGAUGGUACUACGCCGUUGGCGGAGACAGAUAUGGAAAAACUUGCCAAAGCUAAAUCUAUAGAACUAAACAAAGAAGAGGAAACCAAGAAAAAUGACACCAAAAGCCCAUCUGAUUGCAUGAGACAACCAAUGAGCUCUGGAAAUGAUUUACAUCUAUCAGCAGAAUAUAACAGGGAAGGUGAGAGAGAAGUAGAAGUGGCGAAAGUUGAGCCUCUCUAUGGUCCUAAUACUCGGGGUGCCCAAACAGCCCUAAAGUUGACCUUCACUCUCCCAGCUUCAUGUUAUGCCACAAUGGCCAUACGAGAGCUGCUGAAGACAUCAACAUCAGUUGCAUUCCACAAAACAUUAAACCAGUGAGAUCAUGAGAUUUGUGAUGUCCAGGAAACUCAUGCUUUUCUGAGGCCUGGGGUCAACAGAAAGAGUUACAAACACAAACAAGGUAACGUUUUCUUAUCCAAUUAAAUCGCCAGCUCAUACUCAACAAUUUUUGGAAAAGAAUAGCUAUUGACUGUCCGGGAAGGAAAGAAAGAGAACAAAUUAUGUUUUUUUUUUUUUUUUUCACCUUUUGAUCUGAUGCUGUAUCUUUAACAUACUAAUGGAAUUAUUUGCUCCUUUCGUGAUUACUAUGAAAGACGUUCAAUUUGACAUAA